UGCAUGCUCUAUCGCACUACUGGAUGGAUCACUUGCGAGUGGUGCAAUCUACUUCUUUCAUCACUUCCCUAGCGUUAUUUCUCCGAGUCCUGCACUGUCCUUGCUUUACACUACCUGUCUAUUCAUACUACACAUACGGAUCCAAGCGCUCGUGUCGCCUUCUAACUAUCUCUACGACAGUACAGCUAGGCAUCGCUUCGGUUCUAAUGCAGGUUAUUCGGAUCUGUCCCAUACAGCAAUAGCAUGGCUGGGAGUCCACCCUAGAUAUACAGUUAAGCUAGGUGUCACGAAGCACGAUGCCGGCUUUACCUGAGCUUCUAGCACGACGUGCCGGAAUCGCGCUUGAGGUGAUUAGUGACGUGGCUCAAUUGGUGGAGCGGCAGAUAAAGGAUGAAGAGUCGACCCUGGACAAGCGCAUCAACAUCCCAUGCUGCAAUACCAACUCACCGCCAGGCUUGGUGGAAGCAUCGACUCGCGACCCAUGGAAAAGAUCUGGCAAGUAUGCUCUAGGUUGGGUCUACUUCUGCAUCAUACUGUUCGUGCUCACCGCCGGACUACGAUGGUACAAUUACUGGAACGACAAAAUUCGAGUCGCUAUACACAAGGAGAAGGUCGAGGAGAUCAUCAUGAAGACAGGCUCGCCUGAUACGGACUAUCAGCUUUCCGCACUCAGUACCGAUAAGUCGACACGGAAGUUCUUCCCUAGAGAAGGGCCACUGCCCGCAAGCGCGCAAUCGCUGCAAGACGAAGAUACAAUCGCAGACAGCAGAGUUUUGAACUUGGUGAUUGCGGCCUUCCGUAUCAUCUUCUACCGUCCGAUUCCAGUUCUCAGGCUGCGGAAGGGUUGGCGACCCAUCAUCUUUCCGUCGAUCGGAGUUGUUGUGCUUGUCUUUGCGGCGCUCGUCUUCGUUGUGUUGUACUGCUUCGUACCACAGCCGCUGUAUUGGCAAGACAUACAAUAUGGCUCACCACCGCUUGCCAUCCGGGCCGGCAUGAUUGCGGUCGCUAUGAUGCCGUGGAUCGUCGCGCUCAGCAUGAAGGCCAAUUUCAUCUCUAUCCUGACUGGGAUGGGUCAUGAGAGACUGAACGUUAUGCACCGAUGGUUGGCAUAUAUAUGUCUGCUGCUCAGCCUGAUACACACGAUACCCUUCUAUGUGCAGCCAAUCUGGGACGAAGGCGGAUAUGCUAUAUUCCAGGCAUACUUCCGCAGCCAGCACUUUUACGUUUACGGCACGGGCAUCGCUGCGCUCGUUCCAUUGAUCUUCCUAUGUGUUCACUCACUAUCUCCGCUUCGACGAAGAUUCUACGAGCUGUUUGUCACGGUCCAUGUACCCGUUGCGAUACUGCUCCUGGCCAUGCUCUUCUGGCAUUGCCACAAUUACCUAACCUCCUGGAACUAUCUGUUCGCGACUGUGGCCAUUUGGCUAGCAUCGUACGCCGCCCGUAUCUUAUACCUGAACUGGACGAACCCUAUGCGGAUGUCGUUCCUCAUCGGCGAGGAAGCUGCGGUCACCUUGUUGCCGGAGAACGCUAUCAAGGUUACGGUGCCUACGCAGAUGCGAUGGAAGCCAGGCCAGUACGUCUACCUCCGCAUGCCAGGAAUCUCCGUGUUCGAGAAUCAUCCGUUUACCAUCGCUUCGCUCUGUAGCGAUGAUUUUCCGUCUGUAUAUGGCGAGAACUACAGGGACCUGAUUCUCGUCUUCCGGCCUUUCGGAGGUUUCACGAAGCGGGUGCUUGAAAGUGCGCUUGAUCACGGCCCAUGGCACACCUACCGCGCGUUUCUGGACGGACCGUACGGCGGUAUGCGACGUACCCUGGAGUCAUUCGAUCAUGUUGUGAUGUUCGCGGGCGGUAGCGGAAUCACUGCGUUGGUGUCCCAUAUGCUAAAUCUGAUCAAACGCAUGCGAGACGGGAAAGCCGUGACUAAGACCGUGCAGAUCGUCUGGGCAUUGAAGCGGCCGGAGACGAUGGAAUGGUUCAGGGAGGAGUUGCGGAUCUGCCGGGAGUUCGCACCACCCGACACUGUUACCUGCCAGUUCUACAUCACCGCUGCCAAGCGAAUGCCGGGUGGUGGCCAGAUUGUGAGCGCACAAACACCGACGAGGCCUGUAAGUACGAUGUUUCACGACAAGGUCAAUGACAUGUUCCAGAACAUUGCGAGCCACAGGUACUCAAUGCAAUCGAGCAGACGCAACUCCGAGAUGAUCCGGGACGAAGCUGCUGGUGACGUGGAAAGGGAGAAGGAACUGCGGGCUGAAAAUCAAGACCGGUUAAGACCGCUACCGGAAGCUCACCUGAAGCCUGUCGGUGAGCCCAAAGGUCUUGGGAUGCAUCUAUCACCACCGUCAGCGCACUUUUCUCCUUCUCUGGAGCGUAGAGCAGUCAGCUCCGAGCAGCCACGGUCUAGGUCACCCGACAAUCGAAUAGUGGAAGAUAUGCCGCAUAUGCCGCCUCACCCAACCCUGCACGAGAAGCGGCGAUCACGACAGCUAUCGCUUGACAUCAGCUCCGCCCAGCAGGAACAAGCGACGCAAAUGCAGCAGGUAUCGCAGAUGGACAAUCCGCAACAGUUCGACUUUGGCUUUCCGACAACGCCUACAGAGUUCCAGAAGAACUUAAUGCGCUUCGCGUUCAUGCCUGCGGCCGCAAAGGCGAAGAAGACGGGUUGGAGUACUGAAUGGGGCCGGCCAGAUAUCCCGUAUAUGCUCAAGGAGAUGAGCCGGGAAUGGGUUGGCAAGCGGACUUGCGUUUUCGUGUGCGGUCCACCGAGUAUGCGGGUGGACGUUAGCAACACGGUUGCUGAGCUCCAGUCCAUGGUCUUCAAGGAUAAGAAUAUGGCGGAAAUUUUCCUGCAUGCAGAGAAUUACGCGCUGUAAUGGGGCUCCGCAACGGGUCGCACUGUGUUUUUGCUGCGUUCGAGCGGAAGUUCUGUACAUCAUUUUGAGAUACCCGACUUACUCCAGUAGUCACGAAAGUGACCGCUUCCCUUAUCGCC